AUGACAUCCCGAUUUGGAAAGACCUACAGCCGGAAAGGGGGAAAUGGCAGUUCCAAGUUUGAUGAAGUAUUUUCCAACAAACGGACCACCCUUAGUACAAAGUGGGGAGAAACCACCUUCAUGGCCAAAUUAGGACAGAAGAGGCACAGUGUCAAACCAGAUAUUUCUGAAGUUCCUAAAAAACCCAAAGUUGAAGAUGAGGGAACAGAGGAUCCAUUUGGAUUUGACAGUGAUGAAGAAUCUAUUCCUGUGUCUUCAAAGAAUGUGUCACAGGCCAAAGGCUCCUCUCAGCUGCAACCUGGUGAAUCUGCUCAGUCUGAGGACUUAACUCCUCUACUUGAAGCUAACAGCAGAAUUAAUCAGCCAGACAGUGGAGAAAACGUUGCAUCCAGCAAGUGCAUAUCUUUUGACAAUACUGUUCCUGUCUUAAAAGAGAAGGGUGCAAACAAAAAUAUGGAAGAUGGAGAAUCCAAAGGCAGCAGUGCUAAACUCUUAACUGCAGAUAAAAUACAGAAUUUGAAUGAAGAUAAUGAGAAGAACAGUCAUUUCAUCUAUGAGAAUGUUGAAGACAGUAACAAAACCAAUGCUGAAACUGUAGAUGCUGCUGGAUGCAACUUUGAAGCCAAGGACUUGACUGAUUCUUGGGACUCCCACACUGGAAAAACAGCAGACUCUUCAUCAGAAGUCUCUCAGACAAAGGGGCCAUUAAGAACUCACUUGUAUGUAUGGGAGGAUGAAACUGAAGACACCAGAACUGAAGAGUAUGUAUUAGAUUUUGACAAUGAACAUCUCUCAGAGAUGAAGAGCAAGGAUGAGGAGUGUGAUAAAGAAGAUAAUGAAAAUCCAAAGGAAGCCAUUAGUGAAGAACUUUUGCAAACUAUUCCAAGGCCAAGCAACUGUAGGACAUAUUGUCGAUCCAACAAAGCAAAACCACAGGGGGCAACAAAUUUUGACAAGCUAAUGGAUGGCACUAGUCAGUCUAUAUCCAAAGCAAAUAGUGAGUCAAAUGACGGCCUGAACCCAGCAAGAAAAACUUCUUUAAGUAGUGGGACCAGUUUUAGAGGGACAGUUGGACGGACUAGAGACUACACAGUUCUACAUCCAUCUUGCUUGUCAGUUUGUAAUGUUACUAUACAGGAUACCAUGGAACGAAUCGAUGAAUUUACCACAGCAACCCCUGCUGACCUGGGAGAAGCUGGACGCUUGAGAAAAAAAGCAGACAUUGCUACUACAAAAACGACAACCAGGUUUCGACCAAGCAAUACCAAAUCCAAAAAGGAUGUCAAAUUAGAAUUUUUUGGGUUUGAUGAUCAAGAUGAAGGAGGGGGAGAUGAAGGUGCCUCUCGAAGUUCUGGAAGUUCCAAUUACAAAAUUAAGUACUUUGGGUUUGAUGACUUGAGUGAAAGCGAGGAUGAAGAUGAAGAGUGGCAGAUAGCAGAAAGGAAGGCUAACAAAAAACGAAGUAGAACUGCACCAUCUCCUUCACUACAGUCAACCUCUGAUGACAAUGAAAACUGUUCCCAGGAUAGCCAGCUCAGUACUCAUGCAGAUCUUCUAGAGUUUUCAGAGGAUGCAUCUGGUGUGCCUGAAGGCAAUAAGAAAUCCACAAAUAAACAAAGUGAUAAAUCUAAGGAAAACACCAGGAAGAUUUUUAGCGGGCCAAAGCGGUCUCCCACAAAAGCUGUAUAUAAUGCUAGGCACUGGAACCAACCAGAAUCAGAGGCUCUGCCAGCACCACCAGUUUUGAAAACUCCCAGUGUCCCAGUAAGGCUAUCUUCAAAGGAGGCAAUUCAUAAAGAUGAUGGAGUUUUUAAGGCUCCUGCACCACCUCCCAAAGUGAUAAAAACUGUGACAAUACCUACUCAGCCCUAUCAAGAGAUAGUAACUGCAUUGAAAUGUAGGAAAGAAGACAAAGAAUUAUACACUGUUGUUCAGCAUGUAAAGCACUUCAAUGAUGUGGUGGAAUUUGGUGAAAAUCAAGAGUUCACAGAUGAUAUUGAAUACUUGCUAAGUGGAUUGAAGAGCAAUCAGCCCCUAAACACACGUUGCCUUAGUGUAAUCAGCUUGGCGACAAAGUGCGCCAUGCCCAGCUUCCGAAUGCACCUGAGAGCCCAUGGGAUGGUCGCCAUGGUUUUCAAAACACUGGAUGAUUCUCAACACCAUCAGAAUUUGUCCCUUUGUACAGCAGCUCUAAUGUACAUCCUGAGUAGAGAUCGUUUGAACAUGGAUUUAGACAGAGCUAGUCUAGAUCUGAUGAUACGGCUUUUGGAAUUGGAACAAGAUGCUUCUUCUGCCAAGCUGCUGAAUGAAAAAGACAUGAAUAAAAUUAAGGAAAAAAUUCGGAGACUGUGUGAAACUGUUCACAACAAACAUCUUGAUCUUGAAAACAUCACGACCGGGCAUUUGGCAAUGGAGACGUUACUGUCUCUGACCUCGAAACGAGCUGGGGACUGGUUUAAAGAAGAACUGCGACUUCUAGGUGGUCUUGAUCAUAUUGUAGAUAAAGUUAAAGAAUGUGUGGAUCACCUAAGCAGUGAUGGAGACGAAGAGAAAUUGGUUGCUUCGUUAUGGGGUGCAGAAAGAUGUUUACGGGUCUUAGAAAGUGUAACUGUGCAUAAUCCAGAAAAUCAGAGCUAUCUGAUUGCAUACAAAGACUCACAACUCAUCGUCUCUUCAGCUAAAGCACUGCAGCAUUGUGAAGAGCUAAUCCAGCGAUACAACCGUGCUGAAGACAGUAUCUGUUUACCAGACAAUAAGCCUCUGCCUCACCAGAAUGUAACCAACCAUGUGGGUAAAGCGGUGGAGGACUGUAUGAGGGCCAUCAUUGGUGUCCUGCUCAACUUAACAAAUGAUAAUGAAUGGGGUAGUACAAAAACAGGUGAACAAGAUGGUCUGAUAGGCACAGCUAUGAAUUGUGUGCUUCAGGUUCCAAAGUUCCUACCUCAAGAACAGAGAUUUGAUAUUCGGGUGCUGGGAUUGGGUCUAUUGAUCAAUCUAGUAGAAUACAGUGCUCGGAAUAGGCACUGCCUUGUCAAUAUGGAAACAUCCUGUUCUUUUGACUCAUUCUGUACGGGAGAAGGAGAUGAUAGCCUAAAGAUAACGGGACAGAUUGAUGCUGUUCAGGCUUUAGUGCAGCUGUUCCUUGAGCGUGAGCGAGCGGCACAGCUGGCUGAGAGCCAGACAGAUGAGUUGAUUAAAGAAGCUCCUACUGCUCAGCACGAUAAGAGUGGAGAAUGGCAAGAGACAAGUGGGGAGAUCCAGUGGGUCUCCACAGAAAAGUCAGAUGGUACUGAAGAGAAAAAUAAGAAGGAGGAAGAUGAUGAGGAACUUGAUCUUAAUAAAGCUCUUCAGCAUGCUGGGAAGCACAUGGAAGACUGCAUUGUGGCCUCCUACACAGCAUUGCUUCUAGGCUGUCUCUGCCAAGAGAGUCCAAUCAAUGUGACUACUGUGAGGGAGUACUUACCUGAAGGAGACUUCUCAAUAAUGACUGAAAUGCUAAAAAAAUUUCUCAGUUUUAUGAAUCUUACUUGUGCUGUUGGAACAACAGGCCAGAAAUCUAUCUCUAGGGUGAUUGAAUACUUGGAACACUGCUAGAUACUUAACUUCCGCUGCAGGCACUCUAAUGCUGGAGCUACCCUUAGACAAAAGAAGAAGUCAUGAAAGAAGUCCUUGAAGAAUCUACCAAGAGCAUUCAUCUGUGUCAUUCGUGUUCGGAUUUUUAAGGCUACCUGGUCUCUUAACCAUGCAUUCAGCAUUUUCUAAAAGACAGUUACUACAUCAAUCUGCAACUAUCAAAAAUUAGGGGAAAAAGGUUCUGAGGAAAAUAAAUAAAGAAUCCAUGCUGUUUAUGAUGCAGUGCAGUAUUUAAAUAUUUUUGGCAGGGUUUACCCUCCCUAUCUUUUUUUCUUGCUUUGUUUGUGACACGUUUCAAGGGGAAAAACUUGCUGCUGAUAGUGCAACUGCUGUUUACUGUUGAGCCACUGUUUCAUGCCAGCCAGGUGCAAAGGCAGCUUAGCUACUGAGGUAUCCAACAAAUGUUCUAAUAAAGAAGUUCUGGACAGCAGCACCGCUCCUAUUUGAGUUUAAUUUGCUCUUGCUUUUUUAUUACUAGAUUAUUCCAAAAUCAUGAAAUAUAAAUUUUUUAAUACUUUUGUGAUUUUAACUACUGUCUAUAUUUAAAAUUUGAUGGAAUCCAAAGAGGUGAGGAUUGGAUAGUUUAUUUUUUAUACUGUUUUGAUUGAAAUUAGGUUGUUGAACUAUUUCUCAGUUCUAAAACUGUCAUAGCCCGUGUACUGUAAACCAAUAGACCAUAACACUUUGUAGUUCCAAGAAGCAUGCAAACUCAUAAACACACAAAGCCAUUUGAGGGUAUGUUAUCCACAAAAGACAUAGUAACUGUAAAAUGUUGUGCCCUGU